ACGAGAUACCGCGCGACACCGUCAGCAAUCCACUCUCUCCUUCUCUCUCACCAUUAAUUACCAGCAACACCGCGGUCACACAGUAUCUACAGUGUUCAUCUUUCCUCGUUUAGUAACCGAGAUCGACUGAUUCAGGAAAAGCCAUCUCCACCUCCACGAGACUAGUGCGGAGCGGACUAAGCCAGCGCCAUGUCCACCCGAGUACACAGAGAGCUACAUCAGGCUUGCAAAGACAACGACUUCCAAAAGGUGCAGUUUCUCGUCGAGUCCGGCCAAGUGAAGCUCGACUAUCCAGACGAGGAUGGACUUACACCCCUGGAUCAUGCCUCGUUCUUGGGGCACCUCGAAAUAGCAAGACUUUUACUAAAGAAAGGGUCGUCAGUACACAGCAGAGCCAAGGAUGGAGUUAGUCCCAUACACACUGCAUCACUCGGUGGGAGCGUCGAAAUGGUGAAGCUUCUAUUACAGCACGGAUCCUCGACAGAAACGACGACUGACGAAGGAUUGACGCCAUUGCACUACGCGGCCGACGGUCACCCGUCUGUUGUUCGAUUCUUGCUCGACGCGGGUGCCAACGUGAACGCAAAAACUAGGCACGUGGGUUAUACUCCGCUGCAUAAAGCAGCAUUUGGCGGUCACACGGAAGUGAUCAAGAUUCUCAUCAAUGCCGGAGCCGACCUAGAAAUUAAGAACACUAAUGGCAAUACUUCAUUGCACGUCGCCUGUCGAGAAGGUCAUCUACCCAUAGCCAAGCUGCUCUAUUCGAACGGAGCGUCUCUUCAGGCAAAGAACAAGACUUUCAAGACUCCGAGGCAGUUGGCAGAGGAAGAUAGACAACUGGGAGUCAUAGCGUGGCUUGAUAGCCUAACAUCAGACGAUUCACACGAAGUCGUCGUGGCUAUUGAGGACUGCUGUGGAGGGAUGGAAGGGCACCUUGCAUUUAGCGAAGGAGAUUUCAUUACCGUGCUAAAAAAGCCGUAUGAGGACUGGUGGACCGGACGGGUCGGACCGGAAGGCAAAGAGGGUCUGUUUUGCACGCUGCUGGUGGACACUCGACCAUUUGAUCAGAGUGAAGGCAUCUUUACCGACCCCAUGCGUCAAGAGCAGAACCAAGCUGCACGAUGGGUGUCGGCCAAGUCGGACGAAUACAUAAAGAAGGCGACCGCGGCCGCGUCUGGAUUGCUCAGAACGCUGUUCCAGGACAUGUCCAAUCUACCCCUGCUGGCAGACCGAGAGAGCGCACUUUCCAAAAUACCAGAGCUGGCUGGCAAGAAAAGACUUCUCUUCUCUAGCAUCAAGAGCCAGCUCGCUAGAAAGGAUCAGGGAGCAGACGUUGCCGUCAAGAAUGCUGAGAUCACUGCUAUGGACCUGGUGCACGCUGCUCUACAAGCACACGAACGACAGAACGUUGCGCUUAGGCAUAAAGUACAUGAACUAGAGGCGGCUGGAAGAGCAGGCAAAGAACGGGCGCAGCAGAUCGAACUGGUUCUUCAUGAAAACUCAUCAAAGAUGAAGCAGUGGAAAGUACUUAUGGCCGACUGCAAGCAGUCUCGUGUAUUCUGCUCCCGACUUGUCACAAAGCUGUCUGAGAUGUUCUUAGGAAUCAAGACAAUGCGAGAAGCACUUCGAGAAAGAACGUGCGACAACUGGGACAAAUCUGCUUGCGCUAUUUCAUUGAUAGGAGAAAGAGUCCCCUUACCAGGAUUUUCGUUGUUUGUUGGAGGCGACCAACAAACGGAUUUGAUCAGCCGCAGUAGCAUUGCCGAAAAAGUGCGCACAAUCGCCGCUCUCGCUACCCACACGUCUAUGAUGGACGAGGUCUGUAUCGGUACCGCUCAGGCGGUCAUCCAUACAUACGUCAACCAAAUUAAGCAGUUGACGCCCGUUGGAGCCGCACUACUGGCAGACGGUGCCGUGUUGCAAAUGAUUGAAUACCUUAAACAAGACUGUCCAGAAGCACAAGGAACGUUUAUCACAAUAGAAGCUCUAAGCAGGUCGAUAGUGUUCGCAAGACGAGGCAAUGAAGUCGCUAGAGCUCUGAAAAGGCAGCAACUGCCCACUCUACACAAACGCGCUGCAGAUCCGUGGACAAUACACGGUGUGUUUCGCUUGACCGGGAUCCGCCUGCCAAAUGGAAGGAAAUAUCGAGGACGUGAUACGAGAACUGAUCUGUACGGAUACAGGAAUGGUACCCUGCUGGAAGCUCAAGAACUAUGUAUGGCUCCAGCUGGAGAAGAGCACACAAUAGGGCCACUAGGGGGCAAAGGAAGUAUCUCUCAUUCUGCGAUGACCGCGACUCUAUACAGAAGGCAAAACAGACGAGAGCAGAGAGCAGAGCUACGUCAACAAAAGUCUGCAUCAGGCAUGACGGGAAGUCGUCCAGUCACACUAACAAAUCCAACAGGAACACAAGUUGGCCCUCAGUCAGCUCGUGGCAGCACCAACUCCACAGGGCCAGCCAGCGUUCAAGCAAAAAGUAAAGAACCUACAAGCUCUCCAGUAACGGUCAAAGCUGCUGCAAGCGGAGCUGGAACAACAACUGAUGUGAGUGGUGAAAACAUCCUAGCUCUAAGCUAUCUCCAUGGCAAUGUUCAUCAACUCCAAGCUGGAGCUGAACUGAACCAAGCUCAAAUGAGAGCAAUGUUUGAUAGAAUGUGUGAACUGUCAGCUCAAGUCGAUGAACUGAAGGGACAGCUCAAAGUUAAAGGAGAGCAGGAAUCCUAAAGAAAAAUCAAAUAGGAAACACUUAUUAGUCAAGAACUACAAGUUGGUUACUAGUUCUACAUUGCAGUGACCUACUAGCUUUCACCUAGUUGAAUUACCUCACCUUCAACGCAUAAUUGUAAUGAACGUUUGUCAUGUUUCUGGCACACAAGUCGUUGCAAACAACA